AUGGACAUCCACAGGAUAGUACUGUGUUUGGUAUUAGGAGCGUUGUUUGUAGUCGAAGCUCAGGGAACGGCGGAAAUAGAAGAGAUAAAUUACAGUGAUCUUAAAGAUGUGGUAACCGCCCGUCAAAGAGGCCCUUUUAAUUGGGCAGUGUACCCAUUCGGGUGGGGUUGGGGCAUCGCAGCGUUCGUGAUCGCCAUCGUGAAGGGUGCCUUCUGGCUCGGUAUUAUCAUGAUUUGGGCAUUCUUCAAGGGCUUCCCGGCCAAGCACGGAUGUGCACCCAUUAUCCUGCGGGAAUCCGUGCCGUACUAUCACGAUCAUCAUCACGACCACGAGGAGAUCAUCUGGGACAAACCCCCACAUCGCCGGCGACGCUCCGCCCGGCAAGCGGUCCAACCGGGCGCAGAGUCCGAUCUGCAGCUGACCGACAUGAUAACGGAUCUGGCGUUCAGUUUUCUCGGUGUGCACACCACAGAUUGUCGGAAGCGGUUCGUAUGCGAAGUGGAUAUGCGGGCGAGGAGUGAUUUCCUGCUAAAGCUUGGCACUCGAAUGCUUGGGUUGGACAUCUUCCGGAAGUACCGUUCGCCGAAUGAUGUCCCCGGGGCGACCAUGGAGCAGUGUGCACAGCUGUAUCCAAAGUGCACGACGAAGGGUCCAUCGAUCACGAUGAACGUUUUCGAAGGGCCUGGGCCAGGAUCGAUCGAUGAUUAUGACGAGGCUGUCGCUAGUCAGGAUGAUCAGCAGUAA